AUGAGGAGUCUCUCUUCUGCAAUGCUGCACCCUGCAGUCUACCUGACUCUCUGCAGCACGCCUCUUGGCUUCGAGACCGUCGAGACUGUGCAGCCCCAGCUGCAGAGCUGCUGCUGCUGCGGAUCCGAGUGUGAAAAGAGAUUCGCUGGAUCCGACUCCUUCCGCGUCUCCCUCACCCACCAGUACUACGAUCAGGUCUCUCAUAGGUCGCGGCAUCGAGAGCCCUGUACGACGCCUGUAUCUGAUCCCCCGAUCCACCCAACCUUUGCUUUGGCUUUGGCUUUGGCUUUGGCUUUGCUGUGUGAAGGCCACCCUAACCCCGCCAAUCUCGUCCGGCUGGCCCGGACGCGGCCACCGACUGGCGCGGGGAGGCUGAGCUGGUCAGCGCGGCAUGUGGAUCGCGGGUUGUUCAUACCGCUGAUGCCUGGGGAACUGGAAAACUGGGAACUUGCCAGCUGGAAGUGA